GUAAGGAUUUUAACAAUUAAUUCAUGUUAAAAUUUGUGCAAAUCAUAAGCAUCAUGAAGUCUGCCGUCAUAGCAAGCAUAUUCCUUGCUUUGAGCCAUUUCUCUCAGGCGUCUUUAUUUGAUAACAUGAUGGACGACAUUGCUGAAUGUAAGAACUCGACUAACAUUUCUGACGAUGAGAUGACACGAAUUGCCGAAAAGAAGCUGCCAGAGACACCCGAGGGAAAAUGUAUGAUAUUUUGCAUCAUGCAGAAAUUCGACUUGGUCGAUGAAGAAGGCAAGAUGAACGUCGCGGGUAUGAAAGCGAUGUCUCAAGAAACCCCAGGAAUGACGAAAGAUGACUUACCGAAGCUUGAUGCCGUCAUGGACCAGUGUGAUGCCGAGGUGGCUACGAAAUACAAACCUGUUGUUGAGGAUGUCGAUAAGUGCGAAAACGCCUGCACAGUGUCUGAAUGCGUUGUACGGAAAUCCAAAGAGGCCGGAAUCAAAGAUCCUACUGCAUCUUAAGACGUGUUAAACCCGGCUCGACUGCAAACUGUAAAAUCACAAAUACAUAUUAUGUUCUUAUGUACAACUAUA